AUGGAAUCAAGACGGUAUGGGCCCAACAUUAUAGUUACAGGAACACCAGGGUGUGGUAAGUCCUCCACAUGCGAGUUAUUAAAGGACAAACUAAAAGGCUACAAGUACUACAACAUCUCGGAUUUCGCCAAGGACAACGAUUGUUUUGAAGGAUACGACGAAGGUCGUAAAUCGCACAUUGUGGAUGAAGACAAGCUGCUAGAUACGCUGGAGCCACUGUUGAGACAAGGAAACAGCAUUGUCGACUGGCAUGUAAAUGACGUGUUUCCAGAGAGGCUGAUCGACCUGGUAGUGGUUUUGAGAUGCGAUAACUCCAAGUUAUAUUCAAGAUUGCACGCAAGAGGGUACCACGACUCCAAAAUCGAGGAAAACCUCGAUGCCGAGAUCAUGGGUGUGGUCAAGCAGGAUGCUGUGGAUUCGUACGAACCGCACAUAGUGGUAGAGCUACAAAGCGAUACGAAAGAGGACAUAGUGUCCAACGUGGCUCGUAUCACUGCUUGGGAGAAGAUGUGGUUGGAGCAACAUCCAGACGGUGUCACGAACGAAUACCAAGGAGGCCGCAGUGACGACGAAGACGACGAGGACGAAGAGUAG